GAUCACGCCCUCGGCCGACCCGAUGUCCGCUACCGCAAAUACCAGAUCUUCGCCGUCGUAGCCGUCUGGUCCGCCCUCGUCUACGCCAAACCCCAUGGCCCCAAGCCCGUCAGCCGCCUGUCGCGCUUCCUCUCCACCCGCAUCACAACAUGGCAGGCCCUCGUCCUCACCUGCCUCGCCGAAUACCUCCGCCGAGACUUCAAGAAGUUGGUGCCGUGGCUGGAGUCGCCCGAGCCGUUGGCGGACAUGUACAACAGAGACUACUUUCGCGCAACCUGGAUCACCACCGCCCUCGAUGCCGGCUUCUGGACCGCCAUGCGUAUCCGCCCGGCCUGGCUGAGGGACUUUGCCAGCGUCCUCUUUGCCGGCUACUACCUGGUCUGUGCCGACCAGGCCGAUGAGAUGGUCCGAAAGGUGCGUGGAAAGCUGUCUCUCGAGCAUCUCCGCGUCAGCUGGAACAAGGGCACCACCCCCUACCUGUCUUUCAUGAGCCGCCUGAUGCGCCCGCCCCGAUUGAAGAUGCGUUAUCGCCCGCGAAAAAUACGCAUCCCUCGGUCCAGCGAAAGCCCCUACAAAGACCCCGUGCACGCCUGGCUGUACUACGAUGGCCCGCUUGGGGAAUUGAAGAACCAUGAUAAGAUCAUUCUCGACAUCCCUGGCGGUGGCUUCGUCGCCAUGAAUCCACGCUGCUACGAUGACAAGCUGAUGGCCUGGGCCGUCAAGACGGGCUUCCCGGUGGUGUCGCUCGAUUACAAAAAGGCCCCGGAAUAUCCUUACCCCUACGCCUUGAACGAGUGCUUUGAUGCCUAUUACUCCAUCGUGUCUUCUCACGGGAAACUGAUCGGCUUGCCUGGUGAUAGCGUGCCAAAGAUCAUCCUGACUGGCGAUAGCGCUGGUGGCAAUCUCGCAGUCGGUACCGUCCUGAUGAUGCUUCAAGGCCGGGACAGGGCAGAUCGCCGAAACUCCCGCACCCUUCCUCUCCCCGAAGCAUUGAUACUGGUGUAUCCCGCUCUGGACGUGAACAUGAGUUCAUGGCUCACGGAUGAGCAAUCCGCUCUCAUCAAAGAUCCGACACGUAGGAAGGCAAACAAGGCGGUUGUCAAGCGUCUGGACGGGGACUAUCGCUCCAUGAUCAACACACCCAUGCCAUCCGAUGACGAGCUGGACGAACAAGACAUACGCAUGUCCAAGGUCAAGCGCAGCAAAUCAUCGGGCAAGCAAAAGUUACCCAUGCGCACCCGCCUCGAAAUGACCAGCAUGAUCUCCUACGUAGACGACCGCGUCCUGUCUCCGGAAAUGCUUCGAGCCAUGGUCAUCCUGUACCUCGGCGAAAAUGUCCGGCCCGACUUCAGCACCGAAUACCUUCUCUCUCCGCUGCGAGCGCCCGAAGAACUCCUGAGGGAGUUUCCCAAGGUCUACAUGCUGACCGGCGAACGCGACCCGCUGAGCGACGAUACCGUCAUCUUCGCCGGCCGACUACUCGAAGCCCAACUACACAAAUUCCAGGCGCGAAAGGAAGCCGGCCUGAUUCUCGAAGACGCCGAGUUUGUCGACUCCGACUACGUCUACUACGAACUCGUCCCAGGCGUGUCGCACGGCUUCCUGCAAAUUGCACCCGUGUACGCGCGAGGCUUCCGCCUGAUUGAAACGUGUAGCACGUGGAUGAAGACCGUGUUCGAG